AUGGAUCGAGAGCCCGAGAUGGCUCAGGUGAUGCCAAGCCGGCAAAUCGACACGGAUUCAGGGCCAUUUCUCUGCAAGAUCUGCUCUAAGGCAUUCGCAAAGCGCCCAUCACGAAACCGGCACGUGCUGUAUUGCCGAAAGAAGUUGGGAGAUAAUCUCCCUGUGUUGAGAAAGUCUUGUGGGGCAUGUCGAAAGGCCAAAGUGAAAUGCAGCUCGGAAUUCCCACGCUGUCAUCGCUGUACAGAGAAGGAUCUCGUUUGUAUGUACGAAUUGACUCGGCGGAGUGGGAACCUGCCUCAGCAACCUGCGUUCACUCCGCGACCUCAGCCAAGCUCUGAUGCUACAUUACUUGUCGACUCCUCGGAACUGGCGACUCAAAACGAGAUCUCUUGGGAUACCACUCUAGGACAUUACAACGGAACUCUGAUUGGCUCUGACGUCGAUCCUUCUGGUAUCUGGCCUGCCAUUGGACCAGACCUUUCCUGCCAAAAUGGCCCAUCUCAUGCCUGGGAACCGGAUGCCGGGUUUGUGGAAGACUUAGAAUUUUCCGACCUUGCCACAGUCUCAUUUUCCAUUGGCUCCUCAAACAAUGAAUCAUCUUUCGACUGGUUCUCGUCAGGUCCUUCACGAAGCUUACCGCUGGAUGCAAUAUUCUCAACCCCGCCAGACUGCAUGUUCCAUACUCCCUACCUAGUCCUCCGGCCCAUGGACCGCGACUACCAGCCACCAUCCUCUCCCCUCAUCUCACAUCGGAGUCCCUUCAUUCAGACCUAUGUCUCAUCCAGCUCACAAAUCGGACGAACGUUCCUCCUGCAAAGCAUACAAUCCUACGCUACAAUUCUCGCAACUUCCAAUCUACCCCCUUUCAUCCACUCAAUCUCUCUGCCAACCCACGGCCCUUCACUCCCUUCUUCUGCGCCCUUAGAAAUCUGCAAAUCCAUUGUCUCUCUAUACAAGACCAAAACACCUUCAACAAGCCCGUUCAUCUGGCGCUCCAUCACAAUGGAGAAGGAUCGCUUCAUGAACGAAUUUGAGGAGGCGGAUAAGUGGACUAUGCUUGCAAUGCUACAGGCAAUUACCGUGUAUAUUCUCCUCAGGAUCUUCGAUCAGGACUCGUUUUCCGUUGAUUUCGACCGCGAGCUUGUCAGUGCCAUGACGGAAAUUGCGAUUAUCUCUGAGCAAGCUAAGUUUCUUUGUCGCGCCGAGGUAGAAGGGUGGCGGCCGGAGUGGAAGGAAUGGGUGUUAUUCGAGUCAAAACGAAGGACUGUGACAUUACUCUUCAUUCUGCACCUUUUGUUCGACAUCAAGCCUGAGCAAAGAGCCAAGUCCAAGGUCGGGCUUUCAGUUCUCCCGCUACCGGCGCAUAAACAACUUUGGCAGGCUAGCGACGAGGAGGAGUGGAAACAAGCGUAUGAUGAAAUGUUGAAGGGCAGAGAGGGUAGAGGUUAUUUGAGGUACGGAGAUUUACUUGGGCUUGGGAAGGGAUGCGGAGGGGAGAGAAUGAAAGAUUUGAAUGCAUGGAUGGUGAGCGGCGAUGCAUUUGGAAUUCUGGUCAUGAUGGCUGCGACAACAUUGUGA